UCUCACCUCACGCCCCCCUCGCUCUCCUCUUUCCCCUCCCUCCUCCCUCCAGUCCUCCUCUCGUCUCCCCGACUCCGCUGCUCCCCAGUCCACCGUUCCCACCGAAAUCCCGCUCCCGAAUUCGCCGCCGUCCCCGCGGAAUCCCCCGCCGCGACCCUCCCGGAGCUCGAUUCGCCUCCCCGCCCCGCCGCCCGCGCCGUCGAUUCGCCCGCCCCGUCGCCCCGCUGAUCCGCGGCGACUCGCGCGGUAUGGGCGAGUGAUUCGCGGCGGCUCGAGUGAGUGGUUCCCCGCCGCGGGCAUGUGGGUGUCGCUGGUCUGGAUCCGCGGCUCCGUGGGCGUCACGUUCGUCGACUGCUUGGGCGGGAGGGGCGCCGACUAGAUCUCUCCCGGCUCCGGCGCUUGCCGCGCGCUCCGGCGGUUUCAGGAGGGUUGGUCGUUUGGUGAGUGCUUCGCUCUAGGGUUUCGUGGGGAUUGACAUGGAGGCGGCCAGGGUAGGGUCGCAGAGCCGCCACCUGUACGGAGGCGGGCUGGGUGGCGAGCUUGAGCAGGCCAGGCGCGAGAAGAGGGUGUUCGGCUGGGACCUCAAUGAUUGGAGCUGGGACAGCGAGCGCUUUGUUGCCACGCCGGUGCCCGCGGCUGUGGGAAAUGGUUUGUCGCUCAACAGUUCGCCGUCUUCCUCAGAGGAAGCCGAGGCUGAGGUGGCUAGGAAUGGUAACGGGAGAGUUGACUCUGACAAGAGGAAGCGAGUGGUUGUCAUUCAUGAUGACGACAAUGAGAAGGAUGAGGACCCGGUGGGGAACAGUAACAAUGUGCUCAGCUUGAGAAUUGGUGGCAACACCGUUGCUGGUGGAGUGGCGGAGGAUGGUGGUGUGAACGAGGAGGACAGAAAUGGUAAGAAGAUCAGGGUGCAGGGCGGAAGCUCAAGCGGUCCGGCCUGUCAGGUGGAGGGCUGCUGCGCGGACCUUAGCGCGGCAAAGGAUUACCAUCGGCGGCACAAGGUCUGCGAGAUGCAUGCUAAGGCCAACACCGCGGUGGUCGGAAAUACCGUCCAGCGGUUCUGCCAGCAAUGCAGCAGAUUUCACCUUCUUCAAGAAUUUGAUGAAGGAAAGCGCAGCUGUCGCCGGCGUUUAGCAGGCCAUAAUAAACGUAGGAGGAAAACCCGCCCUGAAAAUGCUGUUGGUGGGACUCCUAUUGAGGAAAAAGUUAGCAGUUAUUUAUUGUUGAGUCUUCUUGGAAUAUGCGCCAAUUUUAACUCUGACAAUGCUGAACAUUUACAAGGUCAGGAGUUGCUAUCCAAUCUUUGGAGAAACUUGGGGAAUGUUGCUAAAUCAUUGGAUCCAAAAGAACUUUGUAAACUCCUGGAGGCGUGUCAGAGCAUGCAAAAUCGAUCAAAUGCUGGGACCUCUGAAGCAGCUAAUGCUUUGGUGAAUACAGCUGCAGCAGAGGCUGCAGGACCAUCUAACUCUAAGGCGCCUUUUGCGAAUGGUGGUGAAUGCGGGCAGACGUCAUCUGCUGUUGUACCAGUACAAUCAAAUGCUACCAUGGUGGCAACUACCGAGACUCCAGCAUGCAAGUUUAGGAAUUUUGAUUUGAAUGACACUUGCAAUGAUAUGGAAGGCUUUGAGGAUGGUUCGAAUUGCCCAUCAUGGAUACGGCAAGAUUCUACUCAAAGCCCACCACAGACUAGUGGUAAUUCGGAUUCAACAUCAGCUCAGUCAUUGUCAAGCUCAAAUGGAGAUGCUCAGUGUCGGACUGAUAAAAUUGUAUUCAAGCUUUUUGAGAAAGUUCCUAGUGAAUUACCUCCAAUUUUGCGAUCACAGAUCCUUGGUUGGUUGUCCAGUAGCCCUACUGAUAUAGAAAGCCAUAUUAGACCUGGCUGUAUUAUCCUGACAGUUUAUCUUCGGUUAGUUGAGUCUUCAUGGAGGGAGCUCUCUGAGAAUAUGAGUGUAUAUCUGGAUAAGCUCUCAAGUAGUUCCGCUGAUAACUUUUGGACAUCUGGUUUGGUAUUUGUGAUGGUACGGCAUCAAAUUGCUUUCAUGCACAAUGGUCAAGUUAUGUUGGACAGACCACUGGCACCUAAUUCUCACCAUUACUGCAAGGUCUUAUGUAUUAGUCCGGUUGCUGCUCCUUAUUCAGCAACAGUUAAUUUCAGGGUAGAAGGCUUCAACUUAGUCAGUUCUUCCUCAAGGCUCAUUUGCUCAAUUGAAGGGCGUUGUAUAUUCGAGGAAGACACAGCUAUUAUGGCUGAUGAUGCUGAGGAUGAAGAUAUUGAAUAUCUCAACUUUUGUUGUUCUCUCCCUGAUACAAGAGGAAGAGGAUUCAUAGAGGUUGAAGAUAGUGGAUUUAGUAAUGGUUUCUUCCCCUUCAUAGUUGCUGAGCAGAAUGUAUGCUCUGAGGUUUGUGAGCUGGAGAGCACAUUUAAGUCAUCCAGUCUUGAGCAGCCAGACAAGGACAAUGCCAUGAAUCAAGCUUUAGAGUUUCUACAUGAGCUGGGGUGGCUUCUUCAUAGAGUUAACAUAAUUUCUAAGCAUGAUAAAGUGGAGUCGCCUGUACCUACCUUUAACCUGCUGAGAUUCAGGAAUCUUGGUAUAUUUGCGAUGGAGCGGGAGUGGUGUGCUGUGACCAAAAUGCUGUUAGAUUUGUUAUUUGAUGGAUUUGUUGAUGCUGGGUUGCAGUCUCCCAAAGAGGUGUUAUUGUCAGAAAAUUUGGUACACUCUGCCGUGCGAGGAAAAUCUGCCCGAAUGGUUAGAUUUCUGCUGACAUACAAGCCAAAUAAAAACCUGAAGGAAACUGCAGAGACAUACCUAUUCAGACCUGAUGCUCGGGGCCCUUCUGCAUUUACACCCCUCCAUAUAGCAGCCGCUACUAAUGAUGCAGAGGAUGUAUUGGAUGCAUUGACUGAUGACCCUGGACUGGUGGGACUCAACGCAUGGAGAAAUGCGCGAGACGAGAUAGGCUUUACCCCCGAAGACUACGCUCGCCAAAGAGGCAACGAUGCUUACAUCAAUCUGGUCCAGAAGAAGAUUGACAGGCAUCUUGGCAAAGGUCAUGUUGUCCUUGGUGUUCCUAGCAGCAUGUGCCCUGGAAUAACCGAUGGGGUGAAGGCAGGUGAUAUCAGCCUGGAGAUCUGCAAAGCCAUGCCAAUGACAACAACAUCCGCCUCAAGGUGCAACAUCUGCAGUCGUCAGGCUAAGAUGUACCCCAAUUCCUUCGCGAGGACCUUCCUGUACAGGCCAGCAAUGUUCACUGUGAUGGGCGUAGCCGUGAUCUGCGUUUGCGUCGGGAUACUCCUCCAUACCCUCCCCAAGGUUUAUGCUGCACCAAAUUUCAGAUGGGAGCUGUUAGAGCGCGGAGCCAUGUGAGGGGUCCGGGUCGAAAUAAGGUUAGGUGUGUUGCUGUUAAGAGUUUUAGUGUGGUGGUUAGAUCAAACAAACAUGUAAGUGUGUGAAGAAGUUCCGUUGUAUUUAAAAAUUGCAGAAUCUUUGCGCUGAUAUAAAUUUUAUAUACCGUCAAUAAUAAAUUGAUUGUACA